UGACUUGCAGGCGAGAUCUGCCAUUCCUCUCCGCUGCAGGUAAACAAGGCAGCUGUGUGCGAUGUGCCACAUCCAUCGAAGCCUUCCAACACAACCGCCUUCCCACUACAAACUUUAGUUAGCAUUUCCUGGGGAAUAUUCAACUCAGAUAUGUUAAUUUGGACGACAUGGCAGAUCUUUAAGAUUAAACUGGAUUGAAAAAAGAAGUUUGGGCAGUGCCUCUGUGUGGAGAGACAAUUUUACCAAAAUGACAUCCAAACAUAUAACUCCUUUUAUCACUGGCUUACGUAGCCGCAAUGACGAAAGUCGACUGGCAACAGCCUACGAACUUUAUCGUUAUGUUAACACUGAUGUUCCUGAGAUGCCUUUAGAUGACCAGAAUGCAUUCAUUGAUGAGAUUAACCACAAUGUCUUUGAGAUGGUAUCCAGUAGUGAAGUGCAUGAAAAGAAAGGAGGAAUUUUGGCCAUUGCUACCCUCGUUGGUGUUGAUAUUGGAAAUGCAGCUACAAAAAUUAGCCGUUUCGCUAAUUACUUGAGAAACCUUGUUCCAUCCAGUGAUGUUGGCUUGAUGGAAAUGACAGCUAAAGGGAUGGGCAUAUUAGCUCUGUCUGCUGGUAACCACGCUGCUGAGUAUGUGGACUUUGAGACGAAGAGAUCUCUGGAACUUUUAGCUGGUGAAAGACAUGAAGGCCAACGUUAUUCAGCCGUACUCAUUCUGAAGGAGUUGGCUACUUUUACACCAACAUUCUUUUUUCAACAAGUUCCACAGUUUUUUGAAAAUAUCUUUAAUGCUGUUAGAGAUCCCAAGCCGGCUGUCAGAGAAGCUGCCGUAGCUGCAUUGCGGGCAACACUUGCUGUUACAUCACAACGAGAGACGAAAAGAGAUCACAGUGAAGACUGGUACAAAACUUGUCUGGAAGAAGCGUUGAGGCCAUACAGUGAUGCUCUUGCUAAAGAGAAACGUCUCAACAAGGAUGAUUGGCUGCAUGGAUCUUUACUGAUAAUCAAUGAACUUCUACGAUGCAGCAACAUGGAAGGAGAGCGCCUUCGUGUUGAAAUGGAGGACUUGGCCAUUCAGCAGAACACAUUUGAGAAAGCAGUGAAGGAAUUCUCUCCACGCCGUAGAUCCCCUGCCAACACCAGUGGCUUCCAACAACUACAUCAAAAGUCUCCUUUAAUAGUCUUUGAUGCAUCGCAUGCAUCAGCACCUCAGAAAAGAGGUCUCUUUGAAAGUAGAGUUUGCAAAGAGUUAAUGACCAAAAACUACGACAAGGUAGCUAACUUGGUUCAUCAACUUUACCAAGGAAAUCGUAGCAGCUAUGUACAACAAGUCAUGUUGAAAGCCAUUCCUAGGUUGGCAGCUUUUGAUCCAGAGUUGUUUUCCAGAACAUACCUUCGAGACACCAUCGUAUACUUGCUUAAUGCUUUGCGGCGUGAUAAAGAAAGAGCUGCAGCAUUCCAAGCAGUGGGUCUCCUGGCAGUUGCUGUGAAGGAUAACAUCUUCAGCUUUUGCAAUCGGAUCAUGGAAUUUGUGAGAAGUGCUCUACCACCUAAAGAUUUACCACAAAAGAAACAGAAAGCUAUCUCUGUGGAACCUUCUGUUUUUACCUGUAUCAGCAUGUUGGGGAGAGCUUUGGAGACUUCAAUUGCUCGUGACAUGAAGGACAUCUUGGACUCCAUGCUGUUCACAGGUUUAAGUCCUGCAUUGACAGCCGCACUGCGGGAUCUGGCUACCUAUAUCCCCCAGAUGAAGAAAGAUAUCCAAGAUGGGUUACUUAGGAUGUUGUCCUUGAUUCUGAUUGGUCGACCACUUCAGCAUCCUGGUGCUCCCAAGAAUUUACCCAUUGGGUCGUCUGCUGGUAGUGAUUCACAAGAUGACACUAGUAUUACAUUGGCACUCUCAACUCUGGGUAGUUUUGAUUUUGAAGGUCAUUCUCUCACUCAAUUUGUGUUGCAUUGUGCGGAGAAUUACUUGUGCAGCCGAUCCAAGAAAAUCCGAUCUGAAGCAAUACGUACAUGUGCAAGGCUUUUGAUUCCAUUGUUAACUGCUCUUGAAGGUCAACAGAAGCAUAGUAUGAAGACAAUGAACACAGUGGCUGAUGUUUUGAAAAAAUUACUGAUAGUUGGUAUCACAGAUCCAGAGCCAGAGAUCCGCUAUUGUGUUCUUUCUGUGCUAGAUGAGCGUUUUGACCCACAUCUUGCUCAAGCCGAAAACCUGAAUGCUCUUUUUGUUGUUCUCAAUGAUGAAGUCUUUGAGAUACGGGAGCUUGCUAUAUGCAUAAUUGGUCGUCUUAGCAACAGAAAUCCUGCAUAUAUUAUGCCAACAUUAAGAAAAACAUUAAUCCAGAUUUUGACUGAACUUGAACACAGUGGAGUGGGUCGUAGCAAGGAACAGGCUGCUCGUGUGCUUGGUCAUCUCGCCUCCAAUGCUUCUCGCUUAAUCAGACCAUAUGCAGAACCCAUUCUCAAGGUAUUGAUUCCCAAGUUAAAAGAACCAGAUCCACAUCCUGGUGUCACAAUCAGUGUAUUAGCAGCCAUUGGAGAACAAGCUGAGGUCAGUGGUUUGGAGAUGAGGAAGUGGGUUGAUGAAUUAUUGCCUAUUAUUCUGAACACCUUACAGGAUCUUACAUCUGUUGAGAAGAGAGAAGUUUCUCUUUGGACUUUAGGCCAAUUGAUUGAGAGCACUGGCUAUGUUGUAGAGCCUUACCAAAAAUAUCCUGCUCUAUUGGGAAUUCUUCUUAAUUUCAUGAAAACAGAGCAGACACAUAGUGUCAGACGAGAGGUUGUACGUGUGCUGGGUAUCCUGGGAGCAUUGGAUCCCCAUAAAAACAAAUUAAAUGUGAGUCGAAUGAAAGAAGAAUCUGGAUUGACGCUGAGUGGAGCCUCAAUUGACUCGUUUGUGAUUAACAAGUCUUCUAGUGAUUCACAAACAUCAAUUCCUCUGGCUGACUACAGUACCAAUGAACUUUUAGUAAUGAUGGGUGCUCCAACCUCCUUAGAAGACUUCUACCCUGCUGUUGUUGUGUCGGCACUGAUGAGGAUAAUGCGUAAGGCUUGCUUUAGUUCGGACCACUCUUUACUCAUCCAGUCUAUUUCAUUCAUAUUCAAAAGUCUUGGGUCUAGAAAUGUACCCUACUUUGACCAGAUUGUUAAUGCAUAUGUGACAGUCACCCGCAAAGCUGAAGUUAACGUGAAAGAGUUCAUGUUCCAGCAACUUGGAUUUUUAGUCACUUUUGCUAAACAACACGUGCGGAACUUUCUGGGAGAUAUUUUUCAACUAAUUAAGGAAAAUUGGACCAUGAAAAGUCAAGAUCAGAAUAUAUAUCUGUCAUUGUUGGAACAGUUAGUGCAUGCUGUUGGCUCUGAAGUAAAACCUCAUCUUCCACAAAUUGUACCUCAGAUCUUACGUAUACUAAUGUAUGAUACAAGUAAACAAAGAGAAUACACUUUGCAACUGCUUGAAGUCCUCCAGUUAUUUGGUUCCAGUUUGGAUGAUUGCCUUCAUGUACUUUUGCCCUACAUCAUUAAAUUGUUUGACUCUAACGAUGUUCCUCUCAAUGUUCGCAAAAUGGCUUUAGAAACUGUUGAUGUCUUCACUGAAGAUUUGGACAUGACAGAUUUUGCAUCUCGCUUGGUUCAUUCUUUUGUUCGUACCAUUGAUUCAACCCCAGAACUAAUACCUACCACUAUGGACACUAUGUGUUCUAUGAUGCUGCAGCUGGGACAAAAAUUCCUCCUGUUUGUACCUAUGGUUAACAAAACAGUGGUUCGACACAAAAUUGUCCAUCAACGAUUCGAAGUUAUUCUCACCAAGAUCACCAAAGGUGGCCUAGGUGAUGAAGCUCCUGAAGGACUGUUAACUAGGCGACGGCAGAGGAAACGGAAAGAUUCAAAUGCUGAAAAUACUUCUGAGUUACCAAUGAGCAAAAAAUUACAUGUAUUUUUUACCAAUUUGCAGAAGGUCCUCACGCCAGCUCGACGGGUUUCUAAAGAAGACUGGAAUGAGUGGCUACGACAAUUAAAUAUUGAGCUUUUAAAAGAAUCCCCGGUGCCAUCAUUACGUUCAUGUUGGGCUCUGGCUCAAGUACACAACCAACUAGCAAGAGAUUUGUUGAACCCAGCCUUUGUAUCCUGUUGGACUAACCUCAAUGAAAGUCAGCAGGAUGAACUAGUGCAAUGUCUGGAGAAUGCACUCAAUUCUCAGGAGAUUCCAGAGGUCACACAAACACUUCUGAAUUUAGCUGAAUUUGUUGAACACUGUGAUAAGGGUCCCCUACCGUUGGAGCUAAAGGUCUUGUCUCAACGAGCAAUGCGGUGCCGUGCCUACGCUAAAGCAUUGCACUACAAAGAGGAUGAAUUCCAUCGAGCUCAUACACGAGAGACACUUGAAGCCCUCAUCAGCAUCAACAACAAACUUCAACAGCACGAAGCAGCCGCUGGAGUUCUUGAAUAUGCUCGAAAGAACCGUCUUGCAGAUUUGAUCGAGGAAACUUGGUAUGAGAAGCUGCAUGAAUGGGAAAAGGCUUUGAAAGCCUACGAGAAGAAACAAGAAACUCAUCCUGAUGACAAAAAUUGCAUUCUUGGAAGAAUGCGUUGUCUAGAAGCUUUAGCAGAAUGGAGUUCCCUGAACCAACUUGCUAGUGAUACAUGGUGUAUAGCGAAUGAUGAGCUCCGAACUAAGAUGGCUCAGUUAGCUACUGCAGCUGCCUGGGGUCUAGGGGAUUGGAAUAGUAUGGAAGACUACCUGACGUUCAUCCCAAGGAACACUUAUGAAAACUUCUUCUAUAGAGCCGUCUUUUCUGUUCACAAUGAAAACUAUUCCCAAGCUUUUCAGUUUAUUGACAAAGCCAGGGAUAUUCUAGACACAGAGUUAACAGCAAUGGCAGGAGAAAGCUAUGCAAGAGCUUACGGGCCAAUGGUAAAUGCUCAGAUGUUAUCUGAAUUGGAGGAAGUAAUUCAGUACAAAUUGAUACCAGAGCGGCGAGAUGUUAUUAAACAGAUGUGGUGGGACCGAUUACAGGGUUGUCAAAGGGUUGUUGAAGACUGGCAGAAAAUUAUACAAGUUCGAUCAUUGGUAAUUAGUCCUCUGGAAGGAGUCAAGACAUGGUUGAAAUAUGCCAGUCUUUGUCGGAAGAGUGGCCGGCUGGCCCUGUCACAGAAGACCCUCGAAAUGUUAAUGGGUGUGGAUCUAUCCAAACAAAGUAACAACAAUUUACCUACAGAUAUGCCAAUGGUUACAUUUGCAUACAUCAAGCAUAUGUGGCUCUGCAAUCAAAAGCAAGACAGUUUUGCCGCCUUGCAACAAUUUAUCCAUCAAACCCAACGACAGAGUGAAGUCCUGCUAUCCACUGGAGAUGCGGCUGCUGUCACUGAACUUCGUAAACUAUUAGCCAGAUGCUACUUGAAACAGGGAGAUUGGUUACUCGAAUUAAACGGUAUUGAUGAUAGCUCAAUUGCAAAAGCUUUAGACAGCUUUAAAAUGGCCCAGGAUAGAAACAAGAAUUGGUAUAAAGCUUGGCAUGCUCUAGCACUAACCUACUAUGAAGCCGUUUUGUAUUACAAAAAGAAAGAAAUGUCUGCUGCAAACCUCUCUGCAUCAUCAGCAAGUCAAACUGAAGGGGCUGCAGCUACUGGGAAAGAAGCUCCUCCAGACAUUGGUAUGAAGGCACAAAGCCAUAACACACCUAAUAUUUUACUACAUUGUGUUCCUGCAGUUCGUGCUUUAUUUAAAGCAAUCUCACUAUCAAACCAGAACAGUUUACAAGACACUCUGAGAUUGCUAACACUGUGGUUUGACUACGGUCACUAUUCUGAGGUGCAUGAAUCCUUGAUUGAAGGGAUAAAAACCAUGCAGAUUGAGAACUGGCUGCAGGUCAUACCCCAGCUGAUUGCCAGAAUUGACACUCCUCGUCAUUCAGUCGGGCGACUAAUUUCACAGUUGCUAAUUGACAUUGGCAAAGCUCACCCCCAGGCUCUUAUCUACCCGUUGACAGUAGCAUCGAAGUCCAGUGUUUUAGCUCGACAAGCUGCUGCCAACAAAGUUCUUAAGAGCAUGUGUGAGCACAGUAAUACUCUGGUAAAACAAGCCGUUCUGGUGAGUGAAGAAUUAAUACGUGUGGCCAUUUUAUGGCAUGAACUAUGGCAUGAAGGCUUAGAAGAAGCUUCUAGGCUCUACUUUGGGGAGAAAAACAUCAAAGGGAUGUUUGAAACUCUUGAACCUCUACAUCGUAUGAUGGACAGGGGACCUCAAACCAUGAAAGAAAUCUCUUUUAGCCAGGCAUAUGGCCGAGACUUGCUUGAGGCCCAGGAGUGGUGCAAGAUAUACCAGCGUUCAGCGCUACUGAAAGAUCUUACACAAGCCUGGGAUCUUUAUUAUCAGGUCUUCCGGCGAAUAACCAAGCAACUACCUCAGUUAACUUCUUUGGAAUUGCAAUACAUGUCGCCAAACUUACUGCGGUGUCAAGACUUGGAACUGGCUGUCCCCGGCACAUAUGACCCGAACCAGCCUGUUGUGUGCAUCCACCAUGUUCAAACUACUCUCCAAGUGAUCACAUCCAAACAGCGACCUCGAAAAUUGAGCAUAUAUGGUAGCGAUGGUAAGGAUUAUGUCUUUCUUCUAAAAGGACAUGAAGACCUUCGACAAGAUGAGAGAGUGAUGCAGUUGUUUGUUUUGGUUAACUCAUUAUUGGCAAACAAUCCAAAAACAUUCCGCCGAAAUUUAUCGAUCACUCGAUAUGCUGUUAUUCCACUGUCUACUAAUUCUGGCCUCAUUGGCUGGGUCCCUCACUGUGAUACACUACACUCUCUCAUCAGAGAUUACCGUGAAAAGAAAAAGAUCCUGCUCAACAUUGAACAUCGCUUAAUGCUUCGGAUGGCUCCUGACUACGACCAUCUUACAUUAAUGGAAAAAGUGGAAGUGUUUGAGCAUGCUUUGGAACACACCCAAGGGGAUGACCUUGCUAAGAUUCUCUGGUACAAAUCACCAAGUUCUGAGGUUUGGUUUGAUCGUCGAACGAAUUAUACUCGUUCAUUGGCUGUUAUGUCUAUGGUUGGAUAUAUACUUGGUUUAGGUGACAGACAUCCAUCUAAUUUAAUGUUGGAUCGUAUGAGUGGUAAAAUCAUCCACAUUGAUUUUGGUGAUUGUUUUGAAGUUGCAAUGACUCGUGAAAAAUUCCCUGAAAAAAUUCCAUUCCGCUUGACUCGAAUGCUUAUUAAUGCUAUGGAGGUAACUGGUAUUGAUGGUAUUUAUCGACACACUUGUGAAAGUGUCAUGUCAGUUCUGCGUGAAUACAAAGACAGCCUGAUGGCUGUUCUGGAAGCCUUUGUCUAUGAUCCUCUGCUCAAUUGGCGAUUAAUGGAUGCAAAUGAUAAGCCGAAAGGAAAAGCUGAAACAUCGGAUUCUAUGCCCAGUAGUCAGGAACGAGGUGACCACCUCAUGGAAGCUGGUGAUAUGCAAACCACACACAAGAAAACUACCGGCCAGAAUACCACUGCUGCUGCUGCUGCUACUGCUGCUGCUGCCCCAGAAAUGAUACAUUCUCUUUCUGACACAGUUCAACCAGAGGCUUUGAACAAGAAGGCUAUAUCUAUAAUCAACCACGUCAAAGAGAAACUGACAGGUCGUGACUUUUCAAAGGAGGAAGCGGUGGAAGUCUCCCGGCAAGUUGACCUUCUGAUAUGUCAAGCAACAUCCCACGAGAAUCUAUGCCAGUGCUAUAUAGGAUGGUGUCCAUUCUGGUAGUGAUUCCUGGUGCUUAAAGAUGGAAUAAAUGUUUGAGAACGUAAAGAACUUUUGAUCCAAACAAAUAGAGACUGUCUGUGCCCGUAUUGGUUGUCAGCCAACUGUCAGGCUAACAAAACCAGAAGUGGACAUAACCAAAAAUAAAAAUCACUCCCAGAGAACUAUUGCCUGAUAGAAUCGGCUGGUCUUCAUUUUUAUCAAUGAGUUUUAGAAAUACAGAGAUCUGUUCCUCUGUAUUAAUUUGGUGAAUGUGGGGUUUAUUUCCGCAUAUCUUUAUUAUGCAUAAAGCCACAUGUUGUAUGAUUGUGCGACGUUGGUACUUUUUACUGAAUGCAAUCUAUGCCGGCUACAUGUGUGCCACAUGUUGCAGUGUGGAAGUCACUUAUUAGAGACAGGGGUGGGGCGAUCAUACCCUAAAGCUAGGCCUUCUCAUAAACGUUCUUCAAGAGGUUUAUGUGUUACCUUCAUUGAAAUCCAUUACUUACCUUACACCAAGGAAUAAAACAAAAAAAAAACCAAAAAAACAUAAGCUUGAGACUCUGCUCCAAUUAUUUAUAGAUGUUUUUGAUCUAGUUUGAAUUCUUUGCCAUCGAAUUUGGAUUCUUUGCAAUCAAAUUUGAAUUUUUUAAUUGGUGCUCAAGCCUUGAAAAAGAAAAAGAGUUAAACUACAUCAGCCGAAAGGGAAUACAUGUCUAUCUUAUCUAACUCGUCCAGUAGAGCCCACCAAUUGAUAUCUGAAAAGUUCGAUGAAAUAACUCAUGAACACUGCGAUAGCUUCUACCAGAAGAUGUUCUUUUACGACGAACAGUCUGAACAAGGGGAGAUAAUAGGAAAAGAAUCAUUCGUAUAUUAUCUCCCCUUGUUCAGACUGGUCGACGACGUAAAUAUGUUGAAGCAUCUUUUGGUAGAAGCUAUCGCAGUGUUCAUGAGUUAUUUCAUCGAACUUUUCAGAUAUCAAUUGGUGGGCUCUACUGGACGAGUUAGAUAAGAUAGACAUGUAUUCCCUUACGGCUGAUGUAGUUUAACUCUUUUUUUUUUUUCAAGGCUUGAGCACCAAUUAAAGAAUUCAAACUAGAUCGAAAACAUCUAUAUUUAUAUAAUGAAACAAUACUUCUUUUUUUGAAGUCCAGUUUACUAAUCUGAUGUAUUAUUAUCUUGUGGGGGCCACUCAUUUAUCUCCCCAAUUCUCUGUGUAUGCAUGCGUGUGUGUGUGUGUGUGUGUGUGAAAUAAGAUGUAAAUCUAAAAUUUUUUUUUCUUUUCUUUACAAUUGUAAAUUAUUUUAAUAGCAUCUCCUGAUGAUUAAACUGAGCUUUAUUUAAAAUUGGUCUCUUGACAUGAAUUGUUUGUGAUAUGUAUCGCUAGCAGCCAACUUAACAAAACCCAAAAGCAUACUUGUUCAAUUUCCUAAACCUUAAAAACACGUUAAAAUGCUGCAUUCAUUAUAAAUUAAAGGAAUUCAUUACUCCCCCCCCCCCUCAGUAUACUCUUUCUAUAUUAAACUAAUUGGAUUAGUUUUGUGUUUAUAUUUCAGGGGCAUAGAGGGGGAGUGCGUGCAAAAUUGCUUUAGCGAUUUUCACUGACAAUUCAAGAAGGGAUGAAAUAAGGGAUUAGCUAUAAGGUUUAUUUACUUUGCAGAAAGGUUUUUUUUUUUUUGUCUUAAACUCGUUAAGCAAAAAAUAAGCUUUUUUUUUAUCCGAAUUUCUCUGUGUAGGAGAGAGAUUGUUUAGUGAAACUAGAAGUACCAACAUGAUGUUCUCCUAUUUCACAUGAAUCAAAUUUUCUCUUUCAUCAACAAGUGAAAAGAAAAUGAAAAUAUGAUUUGCUACAUCAGAAUAUUAAAACUAUCAUUCCAUUA